GGUUAAAAGUUGUCCAACGUUAGCGUUCUUGCUUGCCAGUUUAUAGCGUUGAAUUGCAGGUGGUGGUUUGCUAUUUUAGCUCGCUCUGUUCUCAUCAACAAAGAUCCUUAUUAGCUAGCUACCUAGCGCUAGCACAAAUCAAUUUAGUGCAGACACAGGUCUACGGUGCAGACUAGUAGCUAACUUGCUACAUCAUUAGCAAAGAGGCUAGUGCCAUAAAAUGCACGUUCUGACAUGGUAGCAACCCGCAACAUUAUGAAUUCAAAGAAAGAUGAAUGUUAACCAGGCUGAGGUACUCAAAUCAACUAGAUGGAGAACAAACCUGGAGAAAGUUAACAUAACCAAGAGGACUAAACAUUCCAAAACGAAUGGGGUUACUUUGAACUCCAUACAAGUAAAACAGAAACCAAGAAACUUUGAGCAGAAGGAAAUUGGGGACGGUGACCGUUCCAAACUUUCCUUGCUGAAGAAGCCUGUCAAGCAACAACAAACUACAUCCAACCAACCGACCAUUGGUAGUCAGAUAUCAUGGAGUCCUCUAGUGCUGUUAACCAGAUUGUCUAAGGUGGUGGUUAAGACUCUUCGGAGAGAUACUAAAGUGUGUUUGGUGAAGGAAGAGACAGAUGCCAGGAGGGAUGAAGACAACAAGGGAGUCUUGUCUCCUCAGUUCUUUCCUUGUCCACACUGCACCAUCUCCUUUACUGACUGUUAUUUCCUAGAGAAUCACAUCAAGAACAAACACCAGAAGCAGUACCUGGCCAUGUUGAAAAGCCAAGUCUCAAAGAGUAAAAGAGUGUACGGCCCCACACACAGCUGUCCCCACUGUAGCUGCAUGUUCCAUACACCACGACAGCUAGACAUUCAUACCCGCCAGGCCCACCCAUCUGCCCGUCCCCAGAAACCUGCCCAUCCCCGCAGGGUUCCGGGGAAACUCCACCCCUGCCCGCAGUGUGCCCGCAGAUUCCCUUACCUGGGCACCCUGCUGAAGCACUGCAAGAAUUUCCACAAAAUGGCCGUUGUUCGCAUCGAUGGACACCUCAGUUGCGCGGAGUGUGGGAAGAGCUUUGAGAAUUGUUGGGGACUGGGGCCUCACCGGUGUCACGAACCAGAGGGCACUAAACCUAAGGACACUAAGCCUGUGAUAUGUCUGGAAGUCGGCUUCCAUUGCUCCGAGUGUGGCAAGAUCCUCACUACUCCUACAAGCCUGAACACUCACAUGCGCAUCCACACUGGAGAGAAGCCUUAUGAAUGCAAGGAGUGCGGCAAAAGAUUCUCGAAUAGCAGCAGUUUAGGCAAACACCUGCUGAUACACAAGGGGUUCAAAGAAUUCAAAUGCCAGGAUUGUGGGAAGGCUUUCGCCCAGGCAAAUCUUCUCAGGAAUCACAUGACUGUUCACUCUGGUGAGAGAAAGUUCUCCUGCUCCCAUUGUGACAAGCGGUAUGCAUACAGGGGUAGUCUGGAGCUUCACCUGCGCACACACUCAGGGGAGAGACCUUUCAAAUGUACUGUAUGUGGUAAAGACUUUGCUGACAAAUGUUAUCUGAAAACACACCUGAAUAUCCACAAUAACCAGAAAAACUACCAUUGUGGGGUUUGUGGGCGGAAGUUCAUAAGGCUUGGGUUGUUGAAGUUACAUAUGCGCUCACACACCGGGGAGAGGCCCUACCAUUGCACAGUGUGCGACAAGAAGUUUUUUAGACUCUCACACCUGAAGAACCAUCAUCUCACUCACACAGGUGAGAAACCAUACACCUGUACCGAGUGCGGUAAAAGCUUCACUCAGUCUGGAGAUCUGGCUAAACACAAGCGCCACCACACUGGGGAGAGGCCAUUUGAAUGUUCUGAAUGCCACAGCCGUUUUAUCUGUUCAGGUUCUCUGACCCUGCACAUGAGGACCCACACUCACCGUGAUGUAAAGCCAUUCUCCUGCCAAGAGUGUGGGAAGAGCUUUUAUGAACAGAGUCAUGUAAAAGUCCACAUGAAAAUCCACAAUGGGAAACCGUAUUCCUGCCCCCACUGCUUUUUUUGCUUUGCUCGCAAGAGCAACCUUUCCAAUCACCUGUCUAGAUGUCCUCAACUUAAAUGAGUUAAACCUAUGAAUGGGGGGGGGUUUGUUCCCUUCAGUGGUUGAUGCUGGACAACAGAUGCGAACUGUACCCCUACUGUGUAUGGUAACUCCAUAUCACAGAAUCUACCUAUGAUACCACAAUGUCUUUAGCAAUACUCCAAUAUGUUCAUAUACAUUAGAUUGUUAGUUACGUUUUUGUCUGUUUUUAACCUGUAUUUUAUGUUUUUAAAUUUGUACUGAAGGGACAGUGAUGUACAGAAGAUUGUUUGACUGAUUGUCCUAGUGAUUAGUAGGUGAUGAUGUUUCGAAAAGAUGAUGGGAUGUUUAUUUUCCUUUGUGUUUGUGGUGUAUACCUUGAUUUGGAAGAAGAAGAGCAUUUAUGUAAAGGUCACACCCCUAGUAUUGUUAUAAACAUGACAUUAGAUUCAUGGGGCUCCCGAGUGGCGCAGCGGUCUAAGGCACUGCAUCUCAGUGCUGGAGGCGUCACUAUAGACACCUGGUUCGAAUCCAGGCUGUAUCACAACCGGCUGUGAUCGGGAGUCCCAUAGGGCGGUGCACAAUUGGCCCAGCGUCGUCUGGGAUAGGCCGGUGUAGGCCAUCAGUGUAAAUAAAAACGUGUUCUUAACUGACUUGCCUAGUUAAAUUUUAAUGAAAGGUAAUUACAUAAAGACCACUUGAACAGUUGGAACACAUGAUUUGUAUCAGUCCAUAAGCCAUCAUUGGCCUGCACUGGUUGUAAUAUUGCAGUCCUAAACUUAUGAAGCCAUACUUCUGCCAAGAAUGUGGGAAAAGCUUCUAUGAACUGAAACACUUUAGAUGCCACAUGAGGACACAUGGGGGAGAUAUCAUACCCCUUCCCCCUUGCUUCUCCAGCUUCACUCACAAACCAAAUCUCUUGAAACACCUGCCUAAUGUUGUAAAUGAUCAUGAUUUGCCUUUUUUAUUUAACACCAUAUAUAAUGAAACGCAUUGUAUUCAUAGGUAUCACUUGGAGAUGACUCUGCCACUGUGAAAUUCUAAUGUUAUAAUGGAUCGUCAUUAGGUUAUAGUUACAUUGUUUAAUGAACUAUGUUUUGUACUUUUUCUGUAUUUUUUUCUUAAUUUCUUCGCUUUUUAAAUGAUAUACAUGAGAUUUGUAUGCCGACUCCUGGUGAUGACUGACAAUAAAGAUGCCAUAUUUCA